ACAGCUGAGGCAGCAUUCACCGCCUCUGCGGUCAUCCGGGUGUAGUGCAUCACUGUGAGCCUAUCCGCCCUGGGUCCCUUCUCUGUUCCUGGGGGGGCUCCCGGAGCCCCGAGGGGCGAAGCGGCAGGGACGCCUCUCUUCAGAGAGGAGGCGAUGUCGCAGCCCGGGAUGGGGCCGGAGCGUGCGGGCGUGGAGCUUGGCGACGGCGAGGAGCGCCGGCCGGAGGAGAGCAGGAGGGAGCACUGGCAGUUGUUGGGUAAUUUGAAGACUACUGUGGAGGGUUUGGUGUCAGCCAACAGCCCCAACGUUUGGUCCAAGUAUGGUGGCCUGGAACGGCUUUGCAGGGACAUGCAGAGCAUCCUCUAUCAUGGGCUCAUCCAUGACAAGCAGGUGUGUUGCCGCCAAACUGAUUACUGGCAGUUUGUGAAAGACAUCCGCUGGCUGAGUCCCCACUCAGCCCUUCACGUGGAGAAGUUCAUCAACUUGCAUGAGAAUGGCCAGAGCAGCACUGAUGGCGUGAAUGAGCGUGUCAUUGCAGAGCUGUGGCUGCAGCAUAGCCUGCAGUGCCACUGCCUCUCCGCCCAGCUCCGACCUCUGCUUGGGGACAGACAGUACAUCAGGAAGUUCUACACAGAUGCUGCUUUCCUGCUAAGCGAUGCCCACGUCACAGCCAUGCUGCAGUGCCUAGAAGCAGUGGAACAGAACAACCCCCGCCUCCUCGCCCAGAUUGAUGCAUCUAUGUUUGCCGGGAAGCAUGAGAGCCCACUGCUGGUGACAAAGAGCCAGAGCCUGACAGCUCUGCCUGGUUCCACAUGUACCCCUCCAACCAGCUCCGGUCAGCAUUCCUAUUUUGGGUCCUUCUCUAGCCUCCACCAAUCUGUACCCAACCACGGCCCAGAAAGAAGAUCUACUUCCUUUUCUCUCUCUGGCCCUCCCCGGAAACCUCAAGAAAGCCGAGGGCCCAUUUCCCCAGCAAAGGAUCAAACCAUCCAGGCCCCUCUGCUUCCCGUCUCUGCAUUAACCAGGGAUUCCCCUUCAACUCCAAAUGAGAUGAGCUCCAGCACUCUGACCAGCCCCUUAGACUCAUCCUGGGUCAGCAGCCAGAAUGAUUCCCCAAGCGAUGCCAGUGAAGGGCCCGAGUACUUGGCCAUCGGCAACCUGGACUCCCGAGGCCGGACCGCCAGCUGUCAGAGUCACAGCAGCAAUGCUGAGAGCAGCAGCUCCAAUUUGUUCUCCUCCAGCAGCUCCCAGAAGCCAGCUUCUGCUGCUUCCUCCCUAGUGGACCAAGAGGGAGGUGGGCAGAGCCAGCUGCCCAGUGUCCUUCGCAGGUCCAGCUUCUCAGAGGGACAGGCACUCACUGUCACCAGUGGAACAAAGAAGAGCCAUACGCGCUCCCAUUCGGAUACCAACAUUGUCUCCAGAGGAGCCCCAGAGGGUGGACAGUACCUAUGCUCAGGUGAAGGCAUGUUCCGAAGACCAUCAGAAGGACAGUCCCUUAUCAGCUACCUGUCCGAGCAAGACUUUGGCAGCUGUGCAGACCUGGAAAAGGAGAAUGCCCACUUCAGUAUCUCAGAGUCCUUGAUUGCUGCCAUUGAAUUAAUGAAGUGCAACAUGAUGAGCCAGUGUCUGGAAGAGGAGGAAGAGGAGGGGGAAGACAGCGAUAGAGAGAUCCAGGAACUGAAGCAGAAGAUCCGCCUUCGCCGCCAGCAGAUCCGCACCAAGAACCUGCUCCCUGGGUACCAGGAGACGGAGCAUGGAAGCUUUCGGGUCACUUCCAGCAGCUCCCAGUUCAGCUCCCGUGAUUCCACACAGUUCUCUGACUCCGGCUCUGCUGAUGAGGUUGAUGAAUUGGAAAUCCAAGAUGCUGACAUCAGAAGGAGCACAGCCUCAAACAACAAACCCUUGAUUUCCUCUUCCCAGACCUUCUCCCACUGCUUCCUCCACUCCACGUCCGCUGAGGCAGUAGCCAUGGGGCUCCUGAAGCAGUUUGAGGGGAUGCAGCUCCCAGCCGCCUCAGAGCUAGAGUGGCUCGUUCCAGAGCAUGAUGCCCCUCAGAAGCUCCUGCCCAUCCCUGACUCACUGCCCAUCUCACCAGAUGAUGGGCAGCAUGCUGACAUCUACAAACUGCGUAUCCGUGUUCGUGGCAACCUGGAGUGGGCCCCACCCCGGCCUCAGAUAAUUUUUAACGUUCAUCCAGCCCCCACGAGGAAAAUUGCUGUGGCCAAGCAGAAUUACCGCUGUGCAGGAUGUGGCAUCCGGACAGACCCUGAUUAUAUCAAGCGGCUGCGGUACUGUGAGUACUUGGGCAAGUACUUCUGUCAGUGCUGCCACGAGAACGCCCAGAUGGUUAUCCCCAGCCGGGUUCUGCGCAAGUGGGACUUCAGCAAGUAUUAUGUCAGCAAUUUCUCCAAGGACCUGCUCAUUAAGAUCUGGAAUGAUCCUCUCUUCAAUGUGCAGGACAUCAACAGCGCCCUCUACAGGAAGGUCAAGCUGCUCAAUCAAGUUCGGCUGCUGCGGAUCCAGCUGUAUCACAUGAAGAACAUGUUCAAGACAUGCCGAUUGGCCAAAGACCUUCUGGAUUCCUUUGACGCAGUUCCAGGCCACCUGACAGAGGAUCUCCACCUAUACUCGCUGAAUGACCUCACUGCAACCAGGAAGGGGGAGCUGGGGCCCCGGCUUGCUGAGCUCACCAGGGCGGGGGCUGCCCAUGUGGAGCGAUGCAUGCUCUGCCAAGCCAAGGGCUUCAUCUGCGAGUUCUGUCAGAAUGAGGAUGACAUCAUCUUCCCUUUUGAGCUCCAUAAAUGCCGGACCUGUGAAGAGUGUAAAGCGUGUUACCAUAAAGCUUGUUUCAAAUGUGGAAGCUGUCCGCGGUGUGAGCGGCUGCAGGCCCGGCGGGAGUUGCUGGCCAAGCAGAGCCUGGAGCCCUACACGUCGGACUACGAGGAGGAGCCCACGGAAGCGUUGGUCUUGGAGGCGACCAUCCUGGAGACCACCUGAAGAACGCACGCCACGCCCUGUUCCCGGGGCUCGGGUCACCCAACGCAGAACUGAGCCGCCCUUUUGAGGACUUGCCCCACUUUUUUUUAUUAUCAUUAUUAUCAUUUUUUUUAAUGACUUGUCUAAUGUCCAUAUAGAGCCAACCUUUGUUGGGUUGGUGGGGUCCAGUCUGCUGUGACAGAUUGUAGGUACCAGGAAUGUCCAUCAGAACCGACACAUGGGUCCCUAAGGGAAGCUUGCAGUGCCUCUGCCAGGGGAAUGGACAGUGAAACCCAGUUCUCUGACAUCCAUGGCCUCCUUCACUUGGACCAGAUCCGGUUGCAGCUGCAUCUCAAGUAUCAUUUCCAGUUUCAUUUUGUUUUAGUUCUGGAGCCUCCGAGCCAGGCCUGACUCAACCAACUCACUUCUCCUUUGCUGCUGAAACAGGAUGGAGCUUUCUCCCUCCCAGUCCUGAAGUAGGGCAGACCAUGCCCUGAGGAGAAGCGGCAGAGGACGGACAGCAUUGUGGACACUCUGUCCAGCUUACUUCGCUACUUUUGAGGCCAUAGAAACAGCAUUAUUACUCCCCUGGGAUCCAGAGGCCUCACAGAGGCAGCCAUGGCUUCCUCGCUUGAAGUCUUAGGUGCAGGUGAUGUGACCGCUCACGGACUUCCUUUAUCUACCCUGAUGGGCCAAGAACAGAACUAGUACUUCAGCCAGGCCCACUGAUAGCCUUACCACACGCAUAAAGGAGGCUGACUAAGGAGAAUUUAUUCAGUCAGAGAAGCUGUUGGUCUCCUCUUAGGUGAUAGAGUCCCUACCUCUGGUGCAGGUCUGAUUUUUCAAGCUCAGACAAGUCCCUGAUGCCAUCCUAAACUGAGGACGGAAACCCCAUCCGCCAUCUUAUUUGGUGGGUCUCUUGCCACUGCAUCCUCUGUUAGGUGGUCAUUGUGAUUCUGAGUAAAAGUAGGGCCCAACUCCAUUUUCUCUUUCCCCAUCCUGUAACAGAGCUGGGACCCUCUCUGGUGGCUGAUCUCUUGCCUUAGUUUUUUUUUUUUUUUUUGUCAAAGUUGGGAAAAGCUUCCUGCGAUUAGUCGUGUUAGAGAACUUGACAAUUUGUGUUUGUGAGUAUAAGAGUCUUUACGUCAAUUAUGCACUUAACUCUUUGGCUUGGGGAUAGUUAUAUGUUUAUUGAUCCUUUUCAUAUUACUAACUUUAACACACACACCCCUUUUUUCCAUGUGUGUUUGAUGGGAGGAGUUUCUGACGGGACCAUGUAUGUUUGUGGCUGUUCUUAAGUUGCUGAAGCUCCUGACCUGUUUCUAAAACACUGGUUAGGGUCGCUGCUCCAAGGGCCGGCAGCUCUGUGACCUAAAACCCACAGCAGUUUUGUUCUGGGACUGACUUCUUCCCGUGUACCUGUCUUUCCAUAGUCGCUAGCUAGUCGGGAAAACUUGGCGUGCGUGCUGCCCCGGGAAGCUGGACGGAAAGUUGCACAUGGUUGGUGGAAGCUGAUAAGUGCCUGAGCUGGAGGCAACCAGGAGUCUCACAGGAAGUAGCAGGGACUGGAAGGUGACAGUCAGGUCUUAGGCACCACGGGGGCAAGGGGAGCAGGGAGGUGUGCACCAGUGGCAUUGGUCCCUCUGCCUCAAACUUGGAAGGCCCUGAGGCUGUUCUCCCUUUAAUUCGUGGAGGAGUCUCUGAAAGCCACGGCCUCCAGACCAGCCCUGUUUUGAAGGACUGACCAGCAGCUCUCUUGUCCUUCAAGGAGUUUGGGGAAUGAUCCCAUAAAACUCAAGGCUCACGAAGCCCGAGAUUCAGAUUCAGGGGUUUGUAAAAACGGUGAGCUCUACUUCCAGUUUUGGUUGAAAUGACAAACCCAGCUCCUCAUUCCACGUCACUACUCUGGAGGAGGGAGGUCCUCUCAUUUUUGCGCUGCCUGUUUCACAUUAGCAUAGGAUCAGAGGAUGGAAAAUGCCGACACCGUUUCCAAAGCCGAGCUCAACAGUCUCACCUGCUGCUGGGUUCUCGCCUAUUUCCCUUCACCUCCCCACCCCGUCCCUUUAGGUUGCGUAUCUGUUUUAGUGACCCUGACACUCUGCUGUCAUCACUGUCCAAAGACCCAUUUAUUUAUUUAUUGGAGCGUGCGGGAGAGAGAGGAAUGAGGGUGGGAUAUUUUGAAAGCACUUUGCAACUAACCAGUAUCUGAGAGUCCCUGCUCUUGUGGGGAGACGCUUUGAAUGCACUGAAGAGAGUUCCUUCUGAAUGAAAUGGGAGGGAGGAAGUAUUCUUUUCUAUAAAUAAAGGGAAAAACGUUUGCUUACUAGGUGGAGACAAGAUUCAAGACACAGCAGAAGAGUGGAAGGCAAAUAUUUUCCACUUAAAUGAAGCUGUAAUUGACUUUCUCCGCUAAGGCUUUAGAGCUUUUUGUUAAAUUAACAUAAAAGGAACAAGAGUCUAAAUCGAGAUGUUGUGUGUAUACAACUCAUGUUCUGAACUGGAUUCCUACUUGCUGUAAUUCACACAUACCUAACAGCUCAUUGUCCUCUUUAAUAAACUAAGGAA